UUCCACAGCGAUAGUCAGCCCAAAAAAUCCAAAUAGUCCGUCGAGAGAGUGUGUGUUUGAGUUGUUUGUGUCUGUGAUAGUUAGACCCAGUGCCAAGUGCCUCAGGAUGUUAUUCCUAGCGCCGCGCAAACAUCUGUUUGCCACCAACCUGAUCAUCCUGCUGAUGAUCUACGUGAUGAAGAAGUGCCUCCAGCUCUUCUGCAUCAUCGAGAACCGAGGCGUGGAGGAGAAGGACCAAUUGCCGGCCAGGGAGAUCCCUCAGAAGCGCCGCGGCGGCUUCAAAAUCAUCCCGGCUGCCAUCCACGAGAGCAUGCACGGCUUUGGCUACGGCGAGGGUCACUACCAGAUCUUCGUGGAGAAGAAGGAGCGCAAUCUGCCCACCAAAUCGCGCCUCAACGCGGCCACAGCCGAAGUGAAGCUGAAUCCCAAUUAGUUGCUCUUGCAGCGACCAAACCAAAACAUUGACAUCCUCAGCAUGUCAAAGACAAUGAGCCAAUUGAGCCAGCAAAAAAAGCAUAUACCCAUUACCCCCAAAUACAUCCUCAUACAUCCAUGUCUUCUUCAAUAGUCUUUAAAUAAUUACUUAAAAUACUUAUUUGUUUAUACACAACAAAGCGGAUUCUUGGCCAUUAAUAAAAAGCAUAAAAAAUA